GCUCGGGCUGGGUUUUCACCCGGUCAGAGCCGGGAGCGUUUCCCCGCCGGGCGGUGAAUGCGGGAGCGCCGGGGCGGCGGGCGCGUGCGCAGAGCCGGCCGUCGACCGCCUGGCCGGCGUCAGGGGGCGGUCAGCCCGCGGUGAGCCGAUGGAGCAGAAGAGCGGUCCGGAGGCUGCACCGGAGGCGGAGCGGGAGGAGGGGGAGCCCGAGGUGAAGAAGCGGCGCCUCCUGUGUGUGGAGUUUGCCUCAGUGGCGAGCUGCGACGACGCCGUGGCUCAGUGCUACCUGGCCGAGAACGACUGGGAGAUGGAAAGAGCGCUGAACUCCUACUUCGAGCCGCCGGUGGAGGAGAGUGCCUUGGAAAGCCCCCCGGAGACCCUCUCUGGGCCCGAGUCCUGUGUUGACCUAACCAGUGAGGAAACGACUGAGUCCGUUAGUUGCAAAACCAGCACAGCUGAAAAUACUCAGCAAGAAGAUGACAGCAUGUUCUCUUUCAUUACCUGGAAUAUUGAUGGAUUGGAUCCAAACAAUCUGCAAGAGAGGGCUCAAGGAGUGUGUUCCUAUUUAGCUUUGUACAGCCCAGAUGUGAUAUUUCUACAGGAAGUUAUUCCCCCAUAUUAUAGCUACCUAAAGAAGAAAGCAAGUAGUUAUGAGAUUAUUACAGGUAAUGAAGAAGGAUAUUUCACAGCUAUAAUGUUGAAGAAAUCGAGAGUGAAAUUUAAAAGCCAAGAGAUUAUUCCUUUUCCAGAUACAAAAAUGAUGAGAAACCUUUUGUGUGUGCAUGUGAGUGUGUCGGGAAAUGAACUUUUCCUUAUGACUUCCCAUUUGGAGAGCACCAGAGGGCACGCUAAGGAACGAAUCAAUCAGUUAAAAAUGGUUUUGAAGAAAAUACAAGAGGCUCCAGAGUCAGCUACCAUUAUAUUUGCUGGAGAUACAAAUUUAAGGGAUCAAGAAGUUACCAAAUGUGGUGGUUUACCCAACAACAUUUUGGAUGUCUGGGAGUUUUUGGGCAAACCUAAGCAUUGCCAGUAUACAUGGGAUACACAAAUGAACUCUAAUCUUGGAAUACCUGCUACUUGUAAGCUUCGUUUUGAUCGAAUAUUUUUCAGAGCAGCAGCAGAAGAUGGCCACAUUAUUCCCCGGAGUUUGGACCUCCUUGGAUUGGAAAAACUGGACUGUGGUAGAUUUCCUAGUGAUCACUGGGGUCUUCUGUGCAACUUAGAUGUAAUAUUGUGAAAUACUUUCCAAAUAUGAGUUUUAGGUGUUCUGAGUAAUUUUGUUGUGGAUUUUUUCAAAUAUAAUUUCUACCUACCUGGAAAGGUAGGUUUAAUAUAGAGGAAUUACUGUACUGGAUUGUUGUAACAGAGGAAGAAACUACUGUGAUUUUAUUUUGUGGAUUGUAUCCUCAGAUUUCAGGCCUAUUAUUAAUGUUUAUUUAGACUAAAGCAUACCUGUGUUCAGAAUAUGAGGCCUCUUAAUGAAAGGGCACAAAAGGCAAUCAGAGCUUUUAAUAGUGCUCAUAGGUGCCAGCUGGAUUUCAAGCAAGGCCACAUUGUCUUUGGGCUAGCCUUUGUAUUUGAUUUUUUUUUUAAAUCAGGAACCAAAAUAGUUAAUAUUUUACAUAAAUCUUCAAAUGAAAAAAUAAGUUACUGAGUCCUUAGAACUGGAUCGUUCAAUAUUCUACAAAUUCAGAUAAUCUUAAAUGAGAAACCAUGAUCAUCUGCAUUUAAGUGGAUGACAGCUGCCCUAUAUCAGACUUUAUUUUUGUCAGCUCACAGAACAUAAUUAGUAAGCUUUAAAUGAACUCUCAUGAUUUGGAAUUCUUUAACUCAUUCAUGUUUGUAGUCCUGUCACUAACAGAGGCAAAUUAGGUUUGAUCAUGAUUAAGGUCAGUUUUAGAGCAACAUUGGACUUUUUUCCUAAGAGAAAAAUAAAUGUGUAAAGAGAAAUAGCCCUUUAGUUUUGCUACUUAUAAAACUGAAUUAUUUUACAAGAGGUGAACAAGAGGUGCUUUAAAGAAACAUUUUUUUCUCAUAAGAGAAAUGUACUUUAAAUAAAGAAUUUCGCGUGUUUA